AUGGCUGGCAUCUGGAGUGCAUUGAAGUCCACGUGGCUGAUAGCUGAAAUCACCACGUUGGACGAAUCGACCGCACCCAAAGAUAGUGAACUGCGGAAGAUAGCCAACCACAGCGUUCAAUCCUGCUCGCAUACUACGUUUACUGAUGCUUCCUUAAGAGAUCAACAUGUCCUCAAUUUAUGCGACUGUUUGCUAGAUGAUCUCAAAAGCUGGGAUAAGAAUCCACCCAGCGCCUUUAAAUCACUUCAAAUCCUUGAUUAUUGCAUUCACGAGGGCUCUUGUGAGAUAAAAGAAUGGUUCCAACCUCACAUCGAAGUGAUAGAAGCCAUUGGAGGGGAACAAUCUUCACAGGCAUUGCGCCUCAGGAAGUAUGCACUGGAGAUUGCGAAUUUGCUCCGCAAUGAAGUUCCUCUACAGGCAGAGCGACUGAACUCGACUUCUUGGAAGCCUAGAAUGGACAGACUAAUCAUCCGCGAUUGGGCAUCAAGGAGCCCUGCUAGUAAACGAGAGUCUUCCAAGGCAGAACCUCCCCCGCCAUAUACGCCUGAAGAUAGUGGCAAGGGUGGCAAGAGUUCGGUUCAGGUAACAGAGAAGAGUGUUGACGAGGGAGAACAUAGCUAG